AUGGGAUUGGAAAUAGGAAAGUUUGCAGUGGCGGCUAGAGGUCUUUCGUCAAAAUGUGCAUUCCCUGCUAUCUAUAGUUUUGGAGACUCAACUGCAGAUACUGGAGGAAUGUCUGCAGCCUUUGGUCCUGUUCCUCUUCCCCAUGGUCAAACCUUCUUCAAGAAACCUUCUGGGAGGCUCUCCGAUGGUCGUCUCAUCAUAGAUUUCAUGGCUGAAUGCCUUGGAUUACCGUAUGUUGGUGCAUACUUGGACUCUGUAGGGACAAAGUUUGCACAUGGGUCAAAUUUUGCAAGUGCAGGGUCAUCAAUUAGGCAGGGUCCCAGGAGCCCUUUCUUUCUUGCCCUUCAAGUCUCUCAAUUUAUGCAAUUCAAAGCACGCACCACAGAACUCUAUAAGAACUCAAGCAAUCGGGGUGAUCUUCCAAAUCCUAUGGAAUUCUCCAAGGCCUCGUACACUUUUGAUAUUGGACAAAAUGAUAUUAUAUUCGGUUUUCUGAACACAACGGAAGAUCAAGUUCCAGUAACAUUUCCUGAUAUCCUUACUCAGUUCAGUCAAGCAGUUUUAAGGCUUUAUGGUGAAGGGGCAAGAGCGUUUUUGGUCCAUAACGUAGGGCCAAUCGGCUGCUUGCCAUUUGGUGCUGCAAUGUUCCCUCCAAAGAACACUACUCGUGACAAGAAUCAACGUGCUGUAGCCCAGAAUGAGGCGGUUAAAGAAUUCAAUAGGCAACUAAAGGACACAGUAGUCCAGCUGAGGAAGCAACUUCCGCAAGCUACCAUCACCUAUGUAGAUGUUUAUAAAGUUAAAUUUUCACUAAUUGAUGAUGCUAGGAAUUAA